GGUGGCGGGAUAUUUUCGCUUCCAGAUCUCCAAAAUGAAGAUCCUUGCUGCUUAUUUGCUUGCUGUCCUUGGUGGAAACAGUAAUCCAUCAGCUCAUGAUGUAAAGAUUAUCCUAGAAUCAGUUGGUGCUGAUGCUGAUGAUGGGAUGAUUGAAUUCCUAUUAUCUGAAGUUAAAGGCAAGGACAUAACUGAACUUAUUGCUUCUGGAAGGGAGAAAUUUGCUUCUGUACCUUCAGGUGGUGGUGCUGUUGCAGUGGCUGCACCUGUUGGAAGCGGUGGUGGUGGUGCUGUUACCCCUGCAGCCGCCGAGCCUAAAAAAGAAGAGAAAGUGGAAGAGAAGGAAGAGUCUGAUGAUGGCAUGGGCUUCAGCUUGUUCGAUUAACUAGUGGUGAAGGAAGUACGGAAAACAUCCUCGAGCUAUUGGUUUUUAUUCUUCAUUUUGUUUAAUCAGUUUUGUUGAUGUUCAUUUUUUGCUUUUGUAGUAUGAUUAUACUUCAUGAAAUUGUCCUUUUUCUAUAAGUAGGAUAUUAAUGAAGGAUGAGAUUUGUAUCAUUG